GGCAUAUAUUUUCAAAGCCCUCGCAGCUCUUUGUGGCGCCGCUUGAGCACAAGGCUGCGUCAGAAUCAAGAAUUAUGGCUGAUCAUACGAAAACCACAAACCAUACGGACAGAGUUCCAACAAUGCCUACAGCCGCCGCUAUUGAAAGGCUCCAUCCAGCUCGACAACCCGCUGGUCCUGAAGGUUCCCCGUCAAGCCUCGAAUCUCAGGGGUUCUCACGGUCCUUGGGUGCUCAAAGAGCUCAAACUAUCACACGGCAAUCUAUCCCAGCUGAACAAUUACAAGCUACAGUCGAAGAGGCAAGAGAUGACAACAACCCUCACACGAUUAUCAGAUCCAAUCUCAACACCACAGCCGAUUCUGUCCACGCCACUCCCCGGAUUGCCAUGACCACAUUGAACACGGCCACGGCUCACCCUCGCACACAGGCGACUGUGCAGCCAGGCGGUGGGUCAUCUGCAAUUCUUCCUAUGCCGGGUCCCCUCACCAGCGCAUCAGGAACACUUCACGAGCAGUACAUCACACAGCCUUAUAUACAGCAAGGACUGCCUACCAUGAUCACCACAGGCUCCAGCUCAUUGAACGCAAUGGCCACAGCAUUCCACCAGCCAUACGUAUUCGAAUCUCCACGAGCUGCUUCCGAGCGCUUUGCUCUACUUUCAAACCUGGCUUUGUCAGGAAGUAUUGGACCAGCUGAAUACCAGGCCCUCCUCGCAGCACAUGGUAUCUGGGUGCCACCGGUGCUCCCGGUUCCUGCUCCCCAGGUAGUUCCAUCGACCUCGGCCGCGGCUCUGCAAGCCAGUGCUGCUCAAGGCAAUGCCCUUCUUGAGCACUCGACUGCUCCGCACCCCAUGGGUGUCUUCAAUCUUGGAACUCCAGUCGUUCUGCCGAGCUUUGCGAGAUCUCGCAGCGGCAGCGCAGUGCCACCGACGAUCACUAUCCCUGCACUUUUCAACGACACUAGCCAGGAGCAGCAAUCCGCGGCGGCGAUGCAGCACGGACUUUUGUCUCCAGCACACAUAGCUCUCAACAGCCCAUUUGUGGCAGGUCAUAUCCAAGUGCCGCCUACCAGUUCUGGGCAGAGAGCGGCCAGAUCGCCUCGGCUUCAGCAGCAGCAUGUCACGACCAACGAGCAGCUCAACAGCAAUCAUUUGCCAGAAGCACUGGCUCGGCUUGCGAGCUCCAGCCCGCUACCUGUGAUUGUCACUAGUCCCUCCCCGGGCGUGUGCUCUAGCCAACCCAGUUCGCGGUCCGAUGUCUCCAGCAACGCAGCCUGCAGGCCCAGAAGUGACGGGCUGACGCCUCGGACCUUGACACCAGCCCCAUCGACCGGCGCUCAGUCUAUCCAACAGAGCCCGGCCAACGUCGUGAGCAGCGGCCUACCGAAUGCAAAUGGGUUUUCGAGCGCCCACCUCUCUCCAUACUACAGGCCUGCAGUCCUCCAGGGAGCAGGCAGGUCGUUUUCGAACCAGCACACGGGACCAACAUCAUCCCUGUUGAUGCCCAACUACUCUCUAGGAAGCGCAAUGCCACAGGCAGCCGCCACUUCCCCGCGAGCACACAGCCAGCCUCCACGCCACGACCACUCUGCACAGCAGCCAGCCCCCAACCAGCGGUACUCUCACUCCCCUGCCACUGGCAUGACGCAGGUCAACUUCACCCAUGGCCAGGCAGUCACCCACGGCCCAACCUUCACUCCGAUGGAGGGACUGCGCAACCGGGCGUCGGACGACUUGGGCGAGGCCGAACGCAAGAAGUACGACGCCCUGCGGCGCAACCAGCUCGAAGCAACCGGCAUGUCAGCCAACUACAAGGGCGACCCGUGGCUGAUCAAGAACCGGUCUGCAGACAUCCCAGACGAGCAGAACACGGCGCUCUGGAUCACGAACCUCCCGCCGGACUGCGACCACCUGGCCCUGCUCUCGUCGGUCCGCGACUGCGGCAAGGUCUACGCGUGCGUCAUCAACGCCCCGGUCCGGGGUCAGCACCAGACGGCAGCGUGCAAGCUCGUCUUCUUCGACACGGCCGGCGCGAGGAGGCUCCUGGCCCAGUCCCGCGCGGGCGUGUUCCGGGUGCCCAACAAGGCCCGCACCGAGUUUUACAAGCCGCGCGUCGGGUACAACCGCAUCAAGACGAGUUCGUGCGACACCGGCGCCGCCAUGCCGCGGGCAGGAGGAAUGGGAACCGGCCACAAUGGUUGGAACCAUGACAUGCCGCCUCCCCCUUGUCCUUCGGGCCAGUACCAGUCCCGCUGCCUCCGCAUCACGGGCCCGUCCGCGCUCGUCAACGAGGCUCACCUGAUGCGCUUCUUCAAGGCCAAGUUCCAGUUCCAGCUCGAGUGUGUGCGCACGUUGUAGGACGACGGCGCCGACGCGCAGAUGGAGUGGCGCUUUGGCAGCUUCCGGUGCCAGUGCGAGUCCGCCCGGCAGGCCAUUGCCCGCGAGCGCAAGAACGACAAGAUGACCGCGGCCGAGAGGGAGCAGUGGGAGGGCAUCCUCGUAGAGUUCUCAAAGGAUCCAUGUGCUCCAAACGACCAGUAGUCCAUGUGAUCGUGUCGUCAUCCUCGCGCCCUGGCUCCUGGCUACUCUCAGGCGUCGGGGGGAGUGAGUCGACCGGCUG